ACCCGACCCCGAGCGCCCCAAUACGGGAUUACCCCCCUCGACACCUCCCGAUUCGAAUCCGCAGCCCCACAGAAAUACAGAGAGGGGAACCAAAUCAGACGCCGCCGAGCUCCCCCUCUCGAUCUAGGGAUUCCCCUCCCCCCUCCCGCCCCAAAACCCUAGAGGCGGGCGCAUGGCGGACGACCACUACAGCUCCUCCGCCGCCUCCGCGCCGUCGCCGGCGGCGGCGGCGGCGGCCGAGGCCGCGGCGGUGGUGGGCUCCUCGGUGAUCCCGAUCGUCAACAAGCUGCAGGACAUCUUCUCGCAGCUGGGGAGCAGCUCCACCAUCGACCUGCCGCAGGUGGCCGUCGUCGGCAGCCAGAGCAGCGGCAAGUCGAGCGUCCUCGAGGCGCUCGUCGGCCGCGACUUCCUCCCGCGCGGCUCCGACAUCUGCACGCGCCGCCCGCUCGUGCUCCAGCUCGUGCACCAGCCGCGCCGCCCCGCCGACGCCGACAGGGACGAGUGGGGCGAGUUCCUGCACCACCCCGGCCGCCGCUUCUACGAGUUUCCCGACAUCCGACGCGAGAUCCAGGCAGAAACGGACAGGGAGGCUGGUGGUAACAAGGGCGUCUCUGAUAGACAGAUACGUCUGAAGAUCUAUUCACCAAAUGUUCUCAACAUCACUUUGGUCGAUCUGCCUGGAAUUACUAAGGUGCCAGUUGGCGACCAACCAACUGACAUCGAGGCCAGGAUAAGGACUAUGAUAUUGUCAUAUAUCAAGCACAAGACAUGCAUCAUAUUGGCUGUUUCUCCAGCAAAUGCAGAUUUAGCUAACUCUGAUGCUCUUCAAAUGGCUCGGCAAGCUGAUCCUGAUGGUUCUCGAACAAUUGGUGUUAUCACAAAGUUGGACAUAAUGGACAGGGGCACUGAUGCCCGGAAUUUUUUGCUGGGAAAUGUCAUCCCAUUACGACUUGGUUAUGUUGGCGUCGUAAACCGCAGCCAGCAGGAUAUCAAUUCAGAUGUCAGUGUCAAGCAGGCUCUGGCCCGAGAAGAAAGUUUCUUCCGUUCUCAUCCGGCAUACAACGGUCUUGCUAAGCACUGUGGGAUACCACAGUUAGCAAAGAAGCUAAACCAGAUCUUGGUCCAACAUAUAAGAACUAUUCUGCCUGGACUGAAGGCACGCAUAAGUUCUCAAUUAACAGCUAUUGCUAAGGAGCAUGCCUUUUAUGGUGACCCAGUCGAGUCCAAGGCUGGGCAAGGCGCUAAGCUUUUGAACAUUCUAGCUAAAUACUGUGAUGCUUUCUCGUCUAUGGUAGAAGGAAAAAACGAAGAUAUAUCAACAAUCGAGCUUUCUGGUGGAGCAAGAAUUCACUAUAUUUUUCAAUCUAUCUUUGUCAAAAGUUUAGAGGGUGUUGAUCCUUGCGAGGAUGUCACUGAUGAAGAUAUCCGCAUGGCUAUACAGAAUGCAACUGGUCCUAGGAGUGCUUUGUUUGUACCUGAGGUGCCAUUUGAAGUCCUUGUGCGCAGGCAAAUCAGCAGAUUGCUUGAUCCAAGUCUUCAGUGUGCAGAUUUCAUAUAUGAGGAACUGGUUAAGAUGAGCCACCGUUGCCUUUGCAAUGAGCUGCAGCAGUUUCCUAUACUCAGAAGGAGCAUGGAUGAAGUAAUUGGGAAGUUCCUACGGGAUGGGCUUAAGCCGGCACAAGAUAUGAUAGCACACAUAAUUGAGAUGGAGGCCGAUUACAUAAACACAUCUCACCCAAGUUUCAUCGGUGGCAGCAAGGCUGUAGAACAAGCACAGCAACAAGUUAGAGCCGCUAGAUUGCCUGCAACAGUGGUUAGAAGAGAUGGAGUAGAUGCAGAUAGGCCACAGGCUUCUGAAAAAACCCAAAAAGCACGUGCAUUAUUGGGUAGAACUACUGGUGUAAAUGGAGUUAUCACCGACCAGAUCCAGCAGGGUGUCCGAUCUGCUGCUGAGGCAGAGAGACCAGGAUCUUCAGGUAGUGGAAGCACUUCUUUUUGGGGCUCAAUAUUCACCUCAAGCGAAGACCGUGCACAUUCUUCAGCAAGAGGUAGCUCAACAAACAAAUCUUAUGCUUCAGCUACUCCCAACCUGGAACAGUCAUUCUCUUCAAUACAGUUAAAAGAGCCACCGCUAGUCCUCAAGCCUUCAGAAAGUCAUUCUGAGCAGGAGGACCUUGAAAUAGCAAUCACAAAAUUGCUGCUGCAGUCAUACUACAAUAUAGUCAGGAAAAAUGUUGAGGAUUUCGUGCCAAAAGCAAUCAUGCAUUUUCUGGUUAAUCACACGAAAAGGGAGCUGCAUAAUUUCCUUAUAACUACCCUUUAUAGAGAAGAGCUCUUUGGGGACAUUCUCAGAGAACCUGACGAAAUAACUACAAAGAGGAGGCAGAUACGCGAUACUCUUAAGGUCCUUCAGCAAGCCUACAAAACUUUGGACGAGAUACCGCUUGAAGCGGAGACAGUCGAGAGAGGCUAUUCCCUGGAUUCUGAUGCGACGGGUCUACCACGGGUCCAUGGGGUUUAUGAUGGAAGUUCACCAUAUUCGACUCCGAAGCAAACAAGGCCUAGGAAAUCAAGCCACUCCGGGGAGCAGCAACAACCUUUCAGUGGCAAUGGGUUUUGAUAUUGCCUUUCACGAUCAUCCCCUGGAUUAGUAGUGAUUUGAGCCAGCGGAUGUGCUGGUAGCAACACAUCAUUCCGCCUUGGGUCUGUCAGUUCGGUACCCAAUAGAUAUAUGUUCUUUUUUCUCUAGCCAUUGCUAUUCUUUUUAGUGUUGCGCCCAACGAAAGCAUUGGCGUGGUGCCAAAUUUUUGCCAUGUGCCCUCUUGUACAGUAUAUCACUGCCCAAUCAUUUCGACUUAAAAUGAAACCGGUGAUGGGUAUAGAUUUUUUUGUUAAAAACCCAUGGAAGAAGCUAUGGGAACCUUUAGUUUUAGUGCCGAGUACUUGUAUCUAAACACGGUUGGUUUUGCCGUGAUAAGUCUGACAUGGUUCUUCUUAAGAUGCGAAGAGGUUGUGCUACAUGAAUA